AUGGGGAGCCACGACUACUUCCUCAUCAACCCCCAUGGGCUCCCAAUUUUUUUGAAUGCACCAAAAAAGCUGGUGGACUCCAGUAUGCCCCAUCGUGCCCCAUGGUGCCCCAUGAGGCCUCAUGGGGCACCAUCAGGCCUCAUGAGGCCUAUAGUUUAAUUUUAUGUUUCCCUUUUCCCGCCUUUUUCGAUAUAGUUUCUUGUGGGAUCUCAUGGUGCUGUUAUGGCAUUUGGAGGUAGACAUGUGAUCGUGGUUGACCAUGGUUGUUUCGCGCCGUCGGAUGCUAAGACGUGACGUCAUGCUAGAUCAGGGCUUUAUGCCGAGUCAUGUGCCCUUCUGUUCAAUGUGUGCGUACAGACGAUCUCUGAUCGUGUGUGCGUGGGAUAUUGUGAGUUGGCUUGGAAAGCGUUA